AAAUACAUGACAAGUUUAAGAUCCAAUCAACUAUACAUUUCACGUUUUCUCACAGCGAAUGAAUUAAGGAGAAUGAACAAGUAGAUAACAAAUUAAAGAAAACAAUUCUUGUAUGCAUUGUUAACCAUUACCCUUUACCGUCUCAGGAUUGCCCGUCAAAAAUGCACUUUUGAGUCCGAAGACCGAGAUUCUCUGGAAGUGUGCCCAACGUGAUUCUUGAACCAGUAAUUGAUUAGCAGAGAUACAAUGCGCAAGUUUCACAAAUAAUGCUUAUGUUUCUUGAUCUUAAACGAUGCACUCUUGAACGUUGCCGGUUUAGCCGCCAAAUCCAUUCUCCAUCUCAAAGACACCCUUAUUCCUCCAUUCUCAAUUAAUUUUCCCAUUAUGACCCCACGCCAACUCUCUCACUCUCAGCUAAAUUCACCUACAAUCCUCCUACGCUUAUCCUUCUCCCUCUGCUUUGACAAACCAGAACAUGAACCCUACGUCCGCGGCGAUCCUAUUCCUCUUCAUAAUUGCUUCGUCUCCGAAUUCUCAAGCACAAGUGACAUAUCAGUUCGUGCCUCCUGACUUCAGCAGCGAAGGAGCAUGGCAGUUCUUGCAAGCGAGCAUUGGCAUAUCAGCCAUGCACAUGCAACUUCUAAGAUACGACAAAGUCGUCAUGUUUGACCGUACGGAUUUUGGCCCCUCCAACAUCUCCCUUCCCGACGGUCGUUGCCGGACGGAUCCCUCAGACACUGCCCUCAACGUUGAUUGCACCGCUCACUCUGUCCUUUACGACAUACCCACCAACACCUUCCGACCCUUAAUGGUUCAGACCGACACUUGGUGUUCCUCUGGCUCUGUUCUCCCUAACGGCACCCUCGUCCAGACCGGUGGAUACAACGAUGGUCAGCUUCGCAUCCGCAUGUUCACCUCUUGCCAAGACCAGACCUGUGACUGGAUCGAAUUCCCAGAUUACUUCUCAAGGCGAAGAUGGUACGCAACUAAUCAGAUACUACCUGAUGGUCGCAUCAUUGUGGUUGGAGGAAGAAGACAAUUCAACUACGAAUUCUAUCCUAGAAACCCCACCCAAUAUUCUUCCUCAUCCACACAGGCUCUCUUUCUCCCUUUCCUCCAAGAGACAACUGAUCCCAAUGAAAAUAACUUGUACCCUUUCUUGCACCUUUUACCCGACGGAAACCUUUUUAUUUUCGCCAAUACUCGUUCCAUAUUGUUUGACUACAGCCGAAACCUUGUCCUCAAAGAAUUUCCUCUUAUCCCAGGUGAGGAUCCUCGAAACUAUCCGAGCACGGGCUCUUCGGUUCUUCUCCCAAUAAACGAUAACAAACCAAGCGUAGAAGCUGAGGUCAUGAUUUGUGGGGGUGCGCCACGAUCUUCAUUCGUCAAAGCCCGAGAGGGGAACUUCAUACAAGCUCUUGCCACAUGCGGACGCCUCAGAGUCACUGACCCGAACCCAAAUUGGGUGAUGGAGACCAUGCCAAUGCCCAGAGUACUGGGAGACAUGUUACUCCUCCCCUCCGGCGACGUCAUUAUCAUCAACGGCGCAGGGCUCGGCACCGCCGGGUGGGAACAUGGCCGAGGGGCGGUACUUUCUCCUGUCAUAUAUAGGCCUUCAGAGGAGGACUCGUCGUUGAGGUUUAGGGCGAUGUCAGCUGCGUCGAGGCCCAGAGUUUACCAUUCCUCCGCAGUGUUGCUACCGGAUGGAAGAGUGUUGGUUGGAGGUAGCAACCCUCACAUGAACUACAGUUUCAGUGGGGUAGAGUUCCCAACGGAGCUCAGCUUGGAGGCGUUUUCACCCCCUUAUUUGUCGCCGGAGUUUGAUCCGAUGCGGCCAACGAUUUUGUACACGACGUGCAACGAUGGCUUAGGGUAUAUGGUGCUGUGUCAUAUAACAUUCCGGGUGACCUAUUACAUCUCAGCAAGUGAAGUUUCAGCGAGGCUGGUGGCUCCUUCGUUUACGACGCACUCUUUUGCGAUGAAUCAGAGAAUGGUGGUGUUGAAUCAGAUUGUGGUGGCACGUACAGGAUGGGACACGUAUUACACAACAGUGGUGGGUCCAUCGUCUCCUCAGAUUGCACCACCGGGUUUCUAUCUGAUGUUCGUUGUGCAUGCAGGUAUACCUAGUACUGCUGUCUGGCUGCAAGUGCUCUAACACGAACUAUCUCAGAUUAAUUUUCGGCUUGUUGCUCUUUGGUUAAGGGUUUGUUAGCAAUUAGCAUCUGGUAACACAAAUAAUUUUUUAGAUGUCAAACCUUUCGUGCCGAUUAUAUUAUUAUGAACUUUAUUCGGCCAUUUUUGCUUUCCGCAGACCUGGCCUUUUGAAUUUCUCUUCCGGAUAGACGUGGAGUCACUUAAUCAAUAUUUUAAAAUCCGGACAGGUCAUUUAAUUGGACAAAGCA